AUGCUGUCUAUGUUGCUUCUUUGGUUAGUGCUCAUAUCAACAUCCUUACCGUAUUUGAUAUUUUCCAACAAUGUCUUUUUCUCAUCACGCCCUGGUGGUGUUAUCAUGCUUUCAGCAGGUGCAAUGCUUGAGUACUCAACAUGUCAGAAUGCAGUUACAAACUUGAUAACCAUGAUAGUUUGCACAUUUUGUUAUGUGGGCUGCUACUUAAAGAUACGUGAUUCCGAAAAUGGAAGCAGGGUACUACGAAGCAGAAGUACUCGCGACAUCAUCAGUAUGGAUGCAAUUGCUUAUCAACGGAAGCGUUCGCAGCCAUCUGCUGGAUAG